GAGAGAGAAAGAGAGAGAGAGAGCGAGCGAAGCAGCAGUGAGUGAAUGUUUCUCUCCUCACUCUCAUCCUCUCGUCUGCUGUGGUUAUCAUGGACAUACAGUCUUCAUAUCAGCAGAAGUAACAGGACGAGUGAGUGGUCUUGACUGGGAUUCUGAAAGAGGCACCGAAAACAGAGGCGGGCCUACAUGCCUCGCAAUUUCAACAGACCUUUCAUCCUUCAGACAGACACAUCACAAACUGGACUUGGGGCUGUCCUUUCACAGACAAAACAAGUUGACAGAGUGAUCUGACAUCAGGAAAGCAUCAUGAGCACCGAAAAAGAGCGCAGCGUCCUGAAUGAUGCCGAUGAGGAGAAGGAGGUGAAGGAUGAGAAGACCACUGUGAAGGAGGAGCUGUCUGAGGAGCAGGAGCUGGAGGAGCUAAGGGCUCAGGUGUUGCAGCUCCUGCUUGAGCUGGAAGAAGCUCGAGACACAGCUCAGAAACACGAGGAGAGCUUUCUGGAGCUGCAGGGUCUUCUUGAGGAGGAACGUUUAGCUAGUGCUCAUCAGGCGGAGGCCUUCACAAGACAGAUCCAGAGUCUGCAAGCACAACUUCGCUCUGUUCAGGAGGAGAUGGACAGUCUGGAGGAGGAGAAGGAGAGCGAGCUCCUGGAGGCGCAGGAGGAGCUGCGGGUGGCUCAGGAGGAGGUGCUGCUACAGCAGCAGGCGGCGGAGGACGCCGCGGCCGAAAGAGAGAACGACAUCGCCAGUCUGCAGGAGGAGCUCUGCCGCUUACGGGCCGAAAUCUCUCGCCUGGAGAACACGGGACAGGAGUACGAGCUGGAGAUCGUCACACUCCGAGCAGAAAUAGAGAUGAAGAGCCUGAGCCGUCUACAGCAGAGGAAGGAAGGUGAUGUGGGCCUGCUGAUGGAUGAAUGUAACAGUCUGAAGGAACAAUGUCAUGCACUGCAAGAUGAAAACACAAGACUGAAUCACAGACUACAGAUGCUGCAGAAGAGGAGUUCAGGCAGCUCUUGCGUCACUCUUAAAGAAGAACAGGAUGAGACAGAAGAGGCAAAACACACACAGUGUGGCACAGAGACAGAAACGGAAAGCUCUUAUAUGAGCUCCAGCUGCAGACUGGUGGACGCUGGGAUCCAGAAGAACAUAUCGUUUGAUGGCAAACCUGUGACCCCCACCAGCUGGACAGGAGGUUUCUCAGAGAUCCUCUCACUGAGAGAUCAGCUCAAGCAGACAGAAGAGAAGGCCACACACGUGCAGAGAGAGUGUGAUGUACUGAAGAAUGAACUACAAAAUCUGCGGGAAGUGUAUGAGAGCAGUCAAAAGGAGCGAGCCGAGCUGGAGCUGGAGUUACUGCGCUGCAGGGAAGAGAUGGAGAGAGCUGCUGAUGUCAAAGAGGAAUGAUGCUAAUAAAAAACAUUGAUUUGUUGCUGGCAAUCUGAAAUUCAUUGUGGAGAAAAGGUACCUGUUCUCGCCUGAUGAAACUUCAACCAACACUCAUCACAUCCUCUACAGUAACAUCUGGAGUUAAAUGCUGUUUUUGUGUGUCCUUUUGUCUUUUUGCAAUAACAACUACCUUCUUAGACAAAAAAGGUUCCACCUAUAUUUUUCCUAUAAUAUUUCACAUGUACUUCAUAAUAGUUUGGCAAAUGUUUUUGAUUUAUUCACCAUUUAGAUACUCUUGUGCUGUAGGCUUGUUGUAAAUAUCUUUAAUAUUGUGAUACGUUUAUAUUGUCGAUUUCUUCCUACUAUAUGAGAUUAAAUAAAUAAAAUAUAUUAAUUGCGAGAAUUACUUUGCAGGAGGUUCUAAUUAAAAGAGAAUCUGAAGUUUGUGAAUUUAAAAAAUGCUUAAAUAUUUAAAAUAGGCCUAGUUAUUUUAUACCUUGGACAUUAUUUUGUGAAUUUACACAAUGCUAUUUAUUGGUUUGCAAUAACUGCUAUAAUCUAUCCUUUUUGUAUAUUUGUAUGCAUCUUUCAGCAUGAAGCAACACUACACUAUGUUGUCAUAUGGAUGAUUGUAUAUAGAUUUAUACACUGAUGAGAAGAAUCAACAAUUCAGCUAUGACCAUAGAGUUCUGGGAGGGGGGCAUAAUUUUGUCAACAUUUAGUGCAUGAACUCUGAAGGUCUUUUAUGUAAAAAGUAAAUGUAAGUAGAUUUAACUGAAUCUUAGCUCAGGCUGGCUGAGGUGGCUGCUGUUAAUUUAAUCACGUGCUUUGGAUGAUUGUCACAUGACCCAAAUUCAGUUGUGUUCUACUCUACAGAUGUCCAGUUCAGAUAUAUAAAUAAUUAUGUACCUUAU